CUUUUUUUUUUCAACUUACGACAUUCGGGAGAAGAGGAGGUGAAACAAGCGAGCAUGGCGGACUUCUCGGAGAGGUCAGUACAAGCCGCCGUCGUUGUUUCCUUCCUGGCGGGCUUCGUAGCUGGCUGGCAGGCCAACAGGAUGCGGAGAAAGUUCCUGGACUGGAGGAAGAGGAGACUUCAGGAUAAACUGACGGAGACACAGAAGAAACUGGACUUGUCGUGAAGCUGUGCGACCACUUCCUUCCUAAGGACACAUGAUGGACACCCUUGGUAUGCUACUGUAGAAGAGCAGGAGUGUCCGCCUGGAUGAGUCCUCUACUUUUUGAAAUUUCCCAAAUUGGGACAGAAACAAAGAGACUUCUCAUUUAUGUGACUUUUUUUAAUGUGUCAAAUGAACGUUCUUUGUCUCACAACAUGACAAAGUAUCAACAACCUAUGCACUAUGCAAAUAUUCACAAUGUGUUACUGACAAAACCAUGUCAGUUUGAAUAAAUCUACUUGUGAUACUUUAAAAA